UAAGCUUUGUUGUUUUACAAUAUUUUCACUUUUCUUCCUUCUACAUCAAAGAAAACUCUUCUGCAUACCUUUUGUUAGUUUCUUGAUCAAGUCUGCAGAUAUGGGAGGUUCUUCACCAUGCGCCUCCUGCAAACUGUUGAGGCGUCGAUGCGCCAAGGACUGCAUCUUUGCCCCUUACUUCCCUUCUGAUGACCCUCACAAGUUUGCUAUUGUUCACAAAGUCUUUGGUGCUAGUAAUGUCAGCAAAAUGUUGCAGGAGCUGCCAGUUCACCAGAGACCGGAUGCGGUAAGUAGCUUAGUUUAUGAAGCAAAUGCAAGAGUGAGAGACCCGGUAUAUGGAUGCGUUGGGGCCAUAUCCUACCUUCAAAAUCAAGUAUCACAGUUGCAAAUGCAGCUUGCGGUGGCUCAGGCUGAGAUACUUGGCAUUCAGAUGCAACAGGAACCGGCCAUGCCAACUCAAAUAGAACAAGAUGACAAGUCUUUCCCUCUAGCCACUAAUUAUAACUUGGAUAACAUCUCCCAAUCCCUCAACUUCGCUUCGUCUAGCAAUGUAAUCCAAGAUCCAGCUCUCAAAAGAGAGUCUCUUUGGACUUAGUUUACUUUUAUUCACCUGCCUUUGCCUUUCUCAAAUGAAGUAGUACAGUACUCUUUUUUUUUUCUCUCAUUUUUGUUGGAUAUGUAUGGUUUUUGUCUUGACGCCUGCAAGAAAGAAGAAAAUGAUCCCCCAUGUGAAAUUAAAGGGGAAAAAGGGAGAAAAGAUCUCAUUAAUAAGGCUAACAUAUAUCAAUCUUGAGUUGUGGAAAGAGAAGAAUUUUGAUGGGGUCAAACUCUGCAUGUGAGGUACCAAGAAAAUUAGGGUUUAGACUUUAGAAAGCUUCUCUUUCUUGAUAAAGACGCUAUAACUAA